AUGGGCGCCCCCUCUCUCCAGCCCCCCGCCACCGUCGUAUCGCCCCCCUCCCCCACCGCCCACAGGCUCCCCCACUCCCCCCGUCCCCGUCCCCGUCCCCCCACCACCGACUCCCCAGAGCGCCUCGAAGCCCCCGUCGACCCAUCGCCAGCGCCUCCGGUCUCGCAAUCCCCUCCGUCUCUCGAUCUCCACCAUCCCUCUCCCUCCAUCGAAUCUCCCGCUCCGUCUCCUUCCCUGCUCCGCCCUGCAUCACCCAUCUUCGCAUCGCAUGGCGUCCUGCGCUCGCCCUCCCCGUCCUCUCCUUCCUUCCGCCCAAGGGUGGCGCAUCACCGACGCGCAAGCUCGACCCAUCGCGUACGCGAGACCAUCGAUGGGACUCAGACCGCGAGCAAAGACGGCGAGCGCAUGAUCAAUCAGUACAGAAUCGGCACCUGUAUCGGUCAAGGCGCGUAUGCCAAGGUGGAGCUCGCGACAGAUAUCAACACGGGCAUCGAAUAUGCGAUCAAAGAAUUCUCAAAAUCUAGAUUACACCACCAGUCUGUACAGGAGAAGCAUCGGACUACUGCAAGGAGCAGACGGCCCCUGAGAGGUCCCAGACGGGGCCUUCAGAGAGGACCGGUCCCUGAUGAUAAUGACGAGCCAAGCGUAUUCGAGAUGCACAAGGAGGAAGCACCUGCUGAGAGUGCUAGUGACCCUCUAGGGCUAAUUCGGAGAGAAGUCGCAGUGAUGAAAAAGAUAGACCACCCCAACCUUGUGCAUCUUUACGAAGCAAUAUCCGUCCCCACAGCCGACGCCUUAUUUCUCGUUCUGGAAUACAUGCCCGGUGGCACUCUCAUGAAAAUCCAGAUAGGUCAAGACGACGCGACAACCCAUCCCCCCUUCGACGUCUGGCAAACUAGGGAAUAUUUUCGGCAACUCUGCCUCGGACUCGAAUACCUUCACGCAAACGAUGUCGUCCAUCGUGAUAUCAAGCCAGACAACGUUUUGCUCUCUGCCGAUAGGCAAUUUGUGAAACUAUGUGAUUUCGGUGUAUCGGAAAUGUUCACUCGUCACGGGGACGACCGAAUCGGCAAGUCGGGUGGAAGUCCUGCUUUCCAAAGCCCAGAGAACUAUACAGCCUCUCCAGAUCUCCAUGGCCGAGCCGUCGACAUAUGGGCUUUGGGCGCCACGCUGUACUGUAUGCUGACGGGAACGUUGCCGUUCAAUUACCCCAACGUCAUCGAACUUUACGCUGCUGUGAUGGAGCGAGAUCCUCGGAUACCUGACGACUGGGAGGAUUCUCUUCAGGAUCUAGUGCGACGGCUAUUGUGCAAGGACCCAGAGCAGAGGAUAGUCAUGGACGAUAUCAGGAACCAUCCAUGGACGACAGACGGCGGAACGGAGCCCAUGAUCAGCACAGAUGAAAAUCUCUAUGAUGUGGGCAAGCAUGUUGAAGCGCCAACGGAAGAGGAAGUCAGCCAUGCGAUCGGGACUUUCCGUGGGGUUUUACUCCGCCGCCUUCACCUAACCCGCACAACCUCCCAAUCCAUUUCCUCUCCCAGCAACUCUACCGAUCCCUCGCUUGCAUCUGGUUCCAUGGAUUCGUACGCCUCCCGCGAUCCUCUCACUACCAACACCUCUCUCUCCUCGGACCCUGAGGACGGCGAGUUUGGAGAUAUCGCUGGGGAUCAGGUCAUGUCCCCUCGACAGAUGAGUUUGGUCUCACCGGCAGAGACAGAGAAGCAGACCCCGUGGAAGUUCAAAUUGAACGAUCUGAAAAAGCUGAAUACGGAUGCUAUCGAUCUGGAGGGUGUGGGUGCGGGCCAAGAAGGGGCUGGGGCGGUGAUGGUGGACUCGCCCACGUCGGAAAAUGAAGAUGCGCAGACAGCGCGGGUGGGUAGUGGCUCCAGCCAAAUGCCCUUGGAGUAA